AUGUGCUAUGUGAACAUGCUGUGUGUCGUCUUCCUUAUCCUCGGCUUUACAUACCCAGCUUGCGGUCAGAACAACCAAACAUCAUUAGAAGGGUGGAAGUACGAUGACAACACACGUUCAAGCUGGGACAUUCUUUGGACAUGUCUUUCAGCCAUCCUAGCUUGUACCUGGACAGCUCUUCACAUCAGAGUUCCAAAACGUACUGAAAGCGCUGCAGAUCCCCUGCGAUGGAAAACAUUAACGUGGAUUGUUGCCUUGAUUGCACCCGAGAUAAUUGCUGUACGAGCAACUAGCGAGUUGCUGGAUGCAAAACAUACAGCCAUGCGAUGUAAUUUGGCCUUUCAAAACUUUCGAAUCAAAUCUCAAACGACAAGCAAAGAGCUCUCGGCAUCCCCUUGGAACACUACACACGGCUUUUGCGUGAAUAUGAGAGGAGUCAUCUUGCAGACAAAAGAUGGCUGGACGUAUCCGAUUAAUGACGGCAACAUCACGCUUCUUGCUAAUGCUGGUGUUAUCAAGGACACGGAUAUCCGUGCUCGUGAUAUCAACGAUCGAGCCAAAGCUGACUCAUUCGCGAAGGGAUUUUCUAUCAUACAAAGUGGCUGGGUGGCAUGCAAUGUCAUCGCACGGCGAGUAUAUGACUUACCUAUCUCUGCCAUUGAAAUCUCGACCGUUGCGUACGUGGUGUGUGCUGCCGCAACCUACAUUUUGUGGUGGAAUAAGCCAAAGGACAUGGUGACUCGGUUUAUCAUACCCUUACAGUAUGAUCGAGAGGGCGAUGACAUGCCAGCUGAAAUAAGAUGCAUCGUUAGUAAAGAUGCUGAGAGUUGGAUUCACUGCUCGAGAUUGGAUUCAAAAGACUCUGUUGGUUUAGGUGGGGCAUUGAGUAUUUUGUUAAUAUUGCUAUUUUUUCCCUUUGUCUGGGUAGUUGGCAUCUACCUUUCUCUCAAGGGUGAAUUCAGUUUCAAAAUCUUCAUAGCUGAUAAAUUAGGGUUUACAACCAUGCUCUACCAAAGAAAGGUGGCCUAUGAAGCGCAGAGGGAUCCCAAGGAGGUAUCAAGAAGUGAAGAGAUUUCUCGGGAGGAGACGUCAGCUCAAUUGGGAACGGAAUACAGGGUGGAUAGAAGGGUGGAAGUUCUAUCGCUGCCAGUUGCUUUGAAGCUCUAUUCGUUCAUGCUUGCUAGCACGCUUCUUUUCUGUGGAAUCCACGUGGCAGCGUAA